CUCUUGCUCUUUUUUUCCCCUCAUCCAGCGGUGUCUUACAUCAGCUUACUGUGCCUGAAUGUGAGAUCUGAAAGAGGUUCGGAGUGAAAGAAAAAGCCUUGUUUUUAUCCUCCUGAUUGCACACACAUUAUUUGGAAUUAAGAAAUCCCUGGACAAAUGGUUUGAAAACAGCAGCCAAAGCAGAAUGAACGUUCCGUCUCCGCCUGAGAUGAAGCAGCUUUGGAAGAUGCUCUUUCCACUCCUUAUCCUCCUUUACCUAUCGGGAGCUGUCAAGUCUCAAGUAAAUCCAGGUGUGUGUCGGUCUCCGUUAGGAAUGUCCAGAGGCCAGAUCUUAGAUGAAGAUAUUUCAGCUUCCAGUCAGUGGUCUGACUCCACAGCAGCAAAAUACGGCAGGCUGGACUGUGAGGAAGGAGAUGGUGCGUGGUGUCCUGAGAUAGCAGGAGAACCUGAGAAUAUGAACGAGUUCCUGCAGAUAGACCUUCGUUCUCUGCACUUCAUCACUCUGGUGGGCACUCAGGGACGUCACGCGGGGGGCAUUGGGAAUGAGUUUGCCCAGACAUACAAGAUCAAAUACAGCCGUGAUGGCAGCCGCUGGAUCUCCUGGCGCAACAGGCAGGGCAAAGAGGUGAUCGAGGGAAACAGGAAUGCCUAUGACAUUGUGCUGAAGGACUUGGAGCCCCCCAUCAUUGCACGUUUCGUCCGCUUCAUGCCCGUCAUCGAUCACUCCAUGAACGUCUGUAUGCGUGUGGAACUGUACGGCUGUGAGUGGCUAGAUGGCUUGGUUUCAUAUAAUUCUCCACUUGGCCAGCAGAUGACUCUAAAUGGACAGCAUAUUUAUCUCAAUGAUUCAGUGUAUGAUGGAGCGAUGAGUUACAGUAUGACAGAAGGACUUGGACAGCUGACGGAUGGCAUGUGUGGCCUCGAUGAUUUCACACACAGUCACGUCUACAACGUAUGGCCUGGUUAUGACUAUGUCGGCUGGACCAACGAGAGCUUUCCCAACGGUUAUGUUGAGAUCAUGUUUGAGUUUGACCGCACCCGCAACUUCACCACCAUGAAGGUGCACUGCAACAACAUGUUCUCCCGAAGAGUGAAGACGUUUCAGAAGGUGGUGUGUUACUUUCGCUCGGAGUUGGACUGGGAAGCUACACCCGUAUCAUUCAGCCCCGUGAUGGAUGAUGUCAACCCCAGUGCCCGCUUCGUCACCGUCUCACUCUACAAUCACAUGGCCAGUGCUAUUAAGUGCCAGUACUACUUUUCUGACAUCUGGAUGAUGUUUAGUGAAAUCACCUUCCAGUCAGAUACAGCCAUGUACAACACAACCUUGGCUCCCCCCAAAACCGGUCCUCCCAUCAGCAUUCAGCCAGGGGAUGACCCCACCCACAAAGUAGAUGACAGCAACACCCGGAUCCUAAUUGGCUGCUUGGUUGCCAUCAUCUUCAUCCUAGUGGCCAUUAUUGUUAUUAUACUAUGGAGACAAGUGUGGCAGAAGAUGCUUGAGAAGGUGUCUCGGAGGAUGCUGGAUGAUGAACUAACUGCUAGUCUGUCAAUACAGAGUGAGACCUUCACCUAUAACAACAACAACAGCCCGUCUUCAGUGCCCAGCGAGCAAGAGUCCAACUCCACUUAUGAACGCAUCUUCCCUCUGGGACCCGACUACCAAGAGCCAUCCCGCCUGGUUCGCAAACUGCCAGAGUUUUCCCAAACCUCAGAAGACACCAGUGAGUUUCAGAAGCAAUGUAAAGAGUAUAUAUGGAUAUUCCAUAUAGAUUAUGCAAUAGUAUAUAUUCAUGUUUGUUUUUCUGCAGCUUCAACAAAUACAGCUUCCAAGUCGGCUUCAGCCAGUGUACAAGAGGGAGUCCCACAUUACGCUGAAGCAGACAUCGUCAACCUGCAGGGUGUAACUGGGGGCAACACUUACGCAGUGUCUGCCCUUACCAUGGACCUGCUGUCAGGGAAGGAUGUCGCUGUGGAAGAAUUUCCUCGGAAGCUGCUCACCUUUAAAGAAAAGUUGGGAGAAGGGCAGUUUGGAGAGGUGCAUUUGUGUGAAGCAGAAGGCAUGCAAGAUUUCAUGGAUGAGGACUUCUCCUUCGAUGUCAUUGAAAACCAAACAGUGCUUGUGGCUGUUAAAAUGCUUCGAGCGGAUGCAAAUAAAAAUGCUAGGAAUGAUUUCUUGAAGGAGAUUAAGAUCAUGUCACGAUUGAAAGACCCUAACAUCAUCAGGCUGCUGGCGGUGUGUAUGAGCUCUGACCCUCUGUGUAUGAUCACGGAGUACAUGGAGAACGGAGACCUUAAUCAGUUCCUGUCCCGCCAUGAGCCUGAGGGCAUGAUUGCUCUCCUCAGCAACGCUCCCACAGUCAGUUAUAGUAACCUUCACCACAUGGCCACACAGAUUGCUUCAGGCAUGAAGUACCUCUCAUCACUCAACUUUGUGCAUCGAGACUUGGCCACACGCAACUGCCUAGUAGGAAAGAACUACACCAUCAAGAUUGCAGACUUCGGGAUGAGUAGGAACCUGUAUAGCGGAGACUACUACCGUAUCCAGGGUAGAGCAGUGCUGCCCAUCCGCUGGAUGUCCUGGGAGAGCAUUCUUCUGGGGAAAUUCACCACAUCCAGUGAUGUGUGGGCUUUUGGUGUAACCCUUUGGGAGAUGCUUACCUUCUGCAAAGAGCAGCCUUACUCCCAGCUGUCAGAUGAGCAGGUCAUUGAAAACACAGGAGAGUUCUUUCGGGAUCAAAGGAGACAGAUAUACCUGCCUCAGCCACCAAUGUGUCCUGACCCUGUCUACAAGCUCAUGUUGAGCUGCUGGAACAGGAACACCAAAGAGCGUCCUUCCUUCCAGGAGAUUCAUCACACGUUACUGGAUUGCAAGCCGUAGUGUCCACUUAUGUGCCAACCUUGGCACUUCCAGAGACAUUUCAGUGCGCCCACAGGACUCCAGUCAACUAUACACAAUAACACAUACUUAUAUGUUUCCAUAUAUGAGUGAGAUCAGAAUCUAUCAUUUUUCUGUAGCAAUUUUCACUGUGAGUGUGCAAAGGCAAACUGAUAUAUAUUGUAACUACACCCCCAUAACUAAGUGCCUUCAGCUGGCUUACAAUACCUGUGCAGCACUAGGACAAUGAAAAUGUAGCAAUGAAUUUAGGCACCUUUAUCACAGACGAAUUGAAUUUUACACACUGUGUAUUUUCUCCAAAUAACGCAAAAUAUUCUAAAAUAUCGAUAAGAAUAUUUUUGAAUAUAAAGAGGAAAUGCAAAAAAAACAAGGUAUCCGCUACUAAUGCGCCUUUAAUUAUUUCCAAUUUAAUGUUGUUUUCAGUAUUUUUAAGGCCGAAGACAGCUUGAAUGUAAAUAAGAAUCAUUAAUUGACAUUCAGAUUCACCUUUGGUUUUAUCUUGAUGUCGCUUGACGUUUGUGAAUAUUUUCAUCUCAUUUAUCGAAAAUGCUAAAGUAUUUUAUUAUUUUACUUCAUUUUUUUUGUCUCUGUAGUAAACUGCAAAGACCACUUGUACUCAAGUGGAUUAACAGAAAGCCAAUUUAUCUGGUUGUCACAGAAUUUCAAAUUCAAAUCAUAAAAAUUCAAUUAAAUUUGUACAUUUAAAACUAUAAAUUUAGUGUUAUCCUGCAACUACCUAUAUUGUGUCAUAUAUUUAAGUGUACUGCAUUAUGUUAGGGUUUGGCUUUUUUUCUAGUUUUAUUGUCUAAAGAAUCUUGUAAGGGUGAUAAUGGUUAUUAUUUAAGUCCAUUUCAUUUGUGAUCUUUUAUUUUUUCUUCGCUCAAAACAACUUUUGCAUUACAGCAUAAUGAGCUAUGAAUAGACAUAAUUUUAAAAGAAAUGCCUUACAACAUCUGCAUGAAGUUGGAUAAAAUCAGAUAUAGUUAUAGUACUUAGUUCAUUGCAUUUGUCCUAUAUUUUCAACUAAUCUCAAAUUAGGCCAAAUGGGGCAGUAAGUACAUUUGUUAUUACGAGCUAAUUUUGUUUAUGUGUAUAAAAAAAAGAGAAAAAAAAAGAGAAAAAAAUUUAUUUUAAAGCUGUUUGUCUUCUAUGUCAGAGUAUAUUCUGGUGCUGGAUUGUUAUAGUGUGGGAUAAAUACUGGAUUUGUAUUGAACAGAUGCACUAUGAUGGUUUACAGUAAGUUGUGAUAUGUUUUGGCAUGUGAAAAGUGCUACAAAUGGGACACUCGGAAAUUGGUUUUGUAAUUAACUUGUAUACAUGUAAAUCAUUUUUUUAAGGUCAUUGUAUAUGACCAUAUUUUAAAAAAAUGUGUGCACCUUUUGUGGUUGGUUGAGAUAUUUACCAGUCUAUAAUAAGUGUUUUGGUUGUGGGUUUGAAAUUCAUUUAUCUUUAAUUUUAGCGUUCUUGACAUGACUGAUGAAGUUGCAUUAUAGAUAUGCUUUAAUUCUGCACUGUUUAAAUGUUUAUUAAAAGUUCUAUUAAAAGUUCUUCCUUUAAACCAUAACCACAUGAAACAGCAAUAGGCCCUUCCGAGGUUUUGAGUUUGUUUACGAAAACAUUCCACUUUAUAAAACAUAUUUGUGAGUAGAGGAAAUUUCAUAUUCUCUAUUGACAACAUCUUAUCACAAUGCAUGGAAAAACUGGAUUUUUUUAUUUUUUAUUAUUAUUAUUAUUUUAUUCAUAGCAAAAUUUCCUUUAGGUGAAUGCUUAUUCUUUCUAAUCUAUGCUUUGUACUGUAUUUUUUUAUUAGCAGUCCUCUAACCAUUUUUCUCUAAAAACCUAUUGUAUAUGUUAGGAAACUGUACAUAAGAUAAUAAAUUGAUGGGCCUUUAAACUUGUUGUGUAGACAUUUUAUAAUUAUAAAAUCAUGGAUUUCAUAUAUUUACAGUACUAAAACGUGUAUUUGUACGUAUGAAUUUGACAUUUGUGUACAGCCUAGAAUGUAUCAAGACAUUCAUUUUAACAUCGUGUGUACUCAAAUAUGUGACCCUGGACCACAAAACCAGCCAUAAGGGUCACUUUUAUGAAAUUGAGAUUUAUACAUCAUCAGAAUAUAUAUAAAUAAGCUUUCCAUUGGUGUAUGGUUUGUUAUUGAUAGGACAAUAUUUGGCCAAGAUACAACUAUUUGAAAAUCUGGCAUCUGAGAGUGCAAAAAAUAAAAGGUUCUUAGCAAUACAUACUACUAAACACAAAUUAAGUUUUGAUAUAUUAACGAGAGAAAAUUACCCAAAUAUCUUCAUGGAACAUGAUCUUUACUUAAUAUUCUAAUGUUUUUUGUCAUAAAAUAAAAAUCUAUAAUUUUGACCCAUAUAACGUAUUUUUUCGCUAUUGCUACAAAUAUACCCGUGCUACUUAUGACUGGUUUUGUGCUCCAGUGUCACAUAUUUGCUUUUUUAAAUGGUUUAUUUCGUGCGUUGGUUACCUGUCAAAUAAAUCUGAUUGCAACAUUCA